AUGGCCGACACCGAAAUCGCUGCUGCGGCGGCCUCCAACCCCGCCGAAACCUCACAGGCUGAGAAGGCGCUCAAGGUCGAGUCUGACUCCAAGACCGAGACCAAGUCUGACACCAAAGCCGCUGACGGCGAGGAGAAAUGGGAGCUUAACGGAAAGUCCGGCGAAAAGAGCACCCACCGCAACGACCGCGAAGAUCGCAACGGUCGCAACAGUCGCGACAACCGUGGUGGUCGCGGUGGCAGCAAGGGCAACGGCCGCAACAAGAAGCAAAACCAAGAGUUUGACAACCUCCCAGAGUCCGACGAUCCAGCUGAGAUCCGCGCUCAAAUCGAGUUCUACUUCUCUGCGCAGAACCUGGCGACCGAUGAGCACAUGUUCAAGGAGCUCGAGGGUCCCAAGAACAAGCCUGUCUCGAUCCAUCACAUUUGCACCUUCAAGCGCAUGCGCCGCUUCAAGCCCUACUCCGCUGUCGUAGAAGCCCUCCGUCACAGCAGCGAUCUUGUUGUCGUCGAUGAUGGCGAGUACAGCAAGCCUGGUAGCGAGGCCGUCAAGCGUAAAGAGCCACUAGUCGUCCCAGCUAAGGAAGGCGACGAUCAGAAACCCCCCACCACAGAAGAGCUCUUCUACCGCCUGAGGAGCAGCUCAUCCAACUCCAUGGAAACAAGUGCCUACGUCAAGGGAUUUGGUGAGGCCGAGGAAGCCGGCCAGAUUGCGCUCGAGCAGUUCUUCCGCCCCUUCGGCUCAGUCAUGGUCCGCAAGCGCCGCGAUGAAGAGGGUGCCUGGAAGGGUAGCGUCUUUGUCGAGUUCGACUCCAAGGACUCUCAAGAGCAGUUCCUCGCUCUCGACCCCAAGCCCACGUUCAAUGGCAAUGAGCUUACCACUAUGGGCAAGAAGGAGUACAUUGUGAUGAAGUGCGAGGAGAAGGGAAUCAAGCCAGAUUGGGAACUCACUGAACAGGAGAAGUACGAGAAGCGCAAGAAGCAGCGCGAGGCCAACGGUAAUUUCAGCAGCAGCCGAGGCAAUGACCGUCGUGGCGGAGGCCGUGGUCGCGGAUCCAACCGUGGAGGACGUGGUGGCCGAGGUGGCAGUGACCGUCGCGACAACCGCCGCGAUCGUUCUCCUCGCAGGCGUCGUGACCGCAGCGCUUCCAACGACUCUGUCGACAGUGGCGACUGGAACAAGCGUCGCGAUCGUUUCAAGAACGGCAAGGACGACCGUGCCAACUCCAAGGAAGAGAAGAAGGAGAUUGAGCGUGAUGCUCACGGCGUCCCCGUUGUCAAGGACUCCCGCACUGAGGCCGAGAUUGCCGCUGCCUCCAACAAGCGCAAGGCUGAGGAUGACUACAAUGGUAGUCCUAAGAAGACCAAGCUUGAAAUCAAGCAGGAUGAGUAA